AUGUCUUGGUGUCGCAACUCGCCCACCUUGGUCAGCCUUCACGCCGCCGCCAGCGGUUGCGAAGCUUGGGGCCAGUGGCGCAAGGCGCUGUCGCUUCUCCCGCGACGGGAGGCAGCAGAUGUGGUGACCUUCAACACGGCCAUGAACGCAUCGCUGCACUCUACAAAGGAGCGCCGUGGCAUCGUUGUGGAAGAUGAUACCUCCAAGUCCCAGGCCUGGCGUCGGUCUUUGGAAUAUUUGACCAACCUCUCCAGCACUGGACUUCGAGAAGACCUGGUCACCGUGAACUUAGCCUCCGCCGCCUUUGCGGCUGGCCGCAGGUGGGAGCAGGCGCUGUGCUGGCUACAAUCCUGUGGACCAGCUGGAUCCAUCAACCCUGCUUCGGAGGGCGGCUUGUCGCCCGAUGAAGUGACCUACGGCGCCCUGUUGGGCGCGCGCUUUCCGCGGCACCUGGCGCUGCAGAUGCUGCAGUCGAUGCGACAGCAGGCCUUGGAGCCCAACGCCGUGACACACUCUGCAGUGAUCAGCGCCUGCGAGCGCGAUGGGGAUCCUAGCGGAGCUCCUGGAUCUUUGUGGGGCCUUGCAGGGACAGCAGCAGCCUUGAGCUUCUGA